AUGAUACAUCGGGCCAUUUGUCGGCGCAGCGCCCUAUGGUUGUCGCGGCGCCCCCUAGGCAGGCCGUUUUCCAGUGAAGCAAGAUCAGACCAAGUGCAAUUUACCUAUGCGCUUGCAAACACCUCCAGAGAUGCGAUCUCGUCUAUGAUGGACGACAUUGCCUCCAAGGCUCUAUCGGCAAAUUCUUCCAGCCACGACGCCGCCGUCGUGCUCGCCACGCCAGAAUUCGCCAAGAACUUUGAAAAUGCUGACUUUAUGGGGAGUCUGGCCUCCCUCCUCGCCGGUAGCAGCCGUCCGGACAAGUUUCACGUACUGGGCGCCAUUGUGGACAGCAUCGCGCCGCCGCUGGGCAGCUACCACACCACGCCGGGCAUCUCCGUCCUGAGGGGCCACCUCGACCACAUGCUGCCCCAUCUAUGGCAGCCCGAGCCGCCACGGUCCCCAGAGGAUAAAGAAGCCGUCUCGGCGCUGUCCUUUUCCCUGGGGGUGCCGAAAGUGACGCUUCCGCUGGCGAGAACGACGUUUCAGAACAACAGGGCCUCGACGCUGCUGGCCUCCACGUUUGACCUCUCGGGGGACGGCUCGAGAAUGGAGCGGCAGAUGGAACGGUAUGCGCAAGAGGUUCUGGUGUCGGACAGCGAGUUGCCGCGGAAAAUGGGCGACCUGGGAUUGUGGGCGCCGCUCGUGCCGGUGACGCCACCACGGCUGGUGGCGGCGAGCUUUGGCAACAUUGUGCGCGGGGUGGAAAUUGACGGCCAGACGAUUCCGGCGUCGACGGAGCUCGAGGACGCCGUUAAUGCCUUCUACGGGAAGCGUGGUAGCAGCGCCAUGAACACGGGGCCGGCGGGCAUCUGGGCGCUGAUUACACCCAAGAGCGGCUCGGCGGACGCGGCGGCCUCCUGGCUCAACGGUAGCCCAACGCCGUUGUCGGUCGACACGAGCGAGUCUAGCAUGCAGGAAUUGGCUGCCAAGACGGCGAUUUAUCUGCACUGCUCGCACCAGCGCGGCGCAAAGCUUCUUCAAGUUUUGAGUGGUGGCGGUGGUUGGGGCGCGAAAAAGGGCCUGCUGUCUCUCGACCCCCAGCGGACGCACUUUUCCCUCUCCGAGGAGGAAGAGAUGCACCGCUUCGCGCAGUCGAUGAGCGAAUCGACCUUUGCGCCGACGGGCUGCACGGUGCAGUUCCUCAUGGCGCUCGAUGAUGUGCCGGCCAUGCCCGUGUACCUGCCCCCGAGCAUCGUGUUUGGCGUGCCCGGCACGCACCAGGAACUGUCAACCCGGCCGGAGACGCCGUUCAUGGGCGGCCACUUUGGCGCGCUAUCGAGCAAGGGCAUCUUUGUGGAGGCGCCGAGCGAGCGUGACGACGCCGAGUUUCCGGAUGAGAGGAAGCUGUCGGUGCCAAACUCGAGGCUUUUCAUGGCCGAGGGCAUCGAUGAGCGGAUGAAGGGCGUUGGCAAGAUGCCGACAUUUGCGGAGGCGGGUCUCAUGGCACUUUUACUGUAG